AUGAAGUGGCUAUCGUUCGCCUUCCUUUUCGCCAGCGGGGCUCUUUCUGCCCCUGCAGCCACGGCCGCCGAUGAAUACGAUUACGUCGUCGUCGGCAGCGGUCCCGGCGGUGGCCCGCUUGCCGCCAACUUGGCCAAGGCCGGAUACUCGGUUUUCUUGAUCGAAGCCGGUGAUGAGAGCCCCGGACAGGGAUUCGGCGUCUACACCCCGACCGUUCACUGGGACUUUUACGUCAAGCACUAUCCGGAGGAGAUCCUAGGAACGAGAUCUACAGCCAUUUGA